AUGUUACUGCUCUCUCCUUUGUUUCUCGUAGCGGUCUCCGCCGUGCUCCUCGCGGUCUACCUAGUCCGCUGCGUCUCGUCGCCGUUGUGGAAAGUACCCGGCCCGCGGGCAUCGGCCUUCACGUCGCUCCUCCUGAAGUGGCAUGAGCUGCGCGCGAACCGGACGAGAUACAUCCACAGCCUGCACCAGGAGUAUGGCCCGGUCGUCCGAGUCGCGCCGAGCGAGGUCUGCUUUACCUCCUAUGAGGCCGUCAAGGAGAUUUACUGCUCCGGCGGUAGCGGCUACGACAAGACAGAGUUCUAUGACUUGUUCAGAGUCUAUGGACGGAGGACUAUGUUUACAACGCUGAACAAGGAAGAUCACGCGAAGCGGAAGAGGAUCAUUGCAGAUAGGUACGCGAACAGCAAUGUCCUCCGGCCGGCGCCCCUGAGCGGGAUCCAGGAAAGGUCACGACGGUUCAUUGACCGAUGCGAGGCGUCCGUGGGCAAGUGUCACGACAUCUUUAUGAGUCUUCACUCAUACGCUUGCGACUGCGUCACGCACCACCUGUUCCACCCGUACGGCAGUAACUGCCUUGAGAACGAGGCGGACGAGGAGAUGAUGCACCAGGUCGCCGCCGACGACAGCCUGCAGAACCGUCUCGUCCAACACUACAGCCCCACGCUGCACAAGCUCCUCUCCAGGAUCCUCUACCUCUUCGCCAGGCCCCGCGAGACACCCCUCGCCGACACCUUCGUGGUUGAAGCCAGCAAGAAACUCGACCCAGCCUCGUUCACGCUCCUGAGCCGGUUGCACGAGAAGUCGAGCGGCGGCCAGCAGGGGAUGGACCAGCUCGACAUGGCGGGCGAGUGCCUCGACCACAUGGCGGCGGGCAUCGACACGACGGGCGAUGGGCUGUGCUUCCUCAUGUGGGAGCUCUCGCAGCCGCGGUCGCUGCGGUUCCAGGAAGAGCUGCGGCGGGAGCUGAGGGAGAAUUCCGGGGCCGUGGGCGCCGCGGCGUUCGACAGGCUGCCGUUCCUGGACGCUAUUGUGCAGGAGGGCCUCCGGUGCUUCCCCGCCAUCCCCAUGUCCCUACCGCGGUACGUGCCCCGGGGCGGGCGGACCAUCGAUGGCUACUCGAUCCCUCAGGGGACGGUCGUCAGUUGCCAGGCAUAUUCCGUCCACCGCAUCAACGAAGACGUCUUUCCCAAGCCCGACGUGUUUGAUCCGAACAGGUGGAUGGAGGCGACGGGCGAUGCCGAGAGGAAGCGGCUCAUGUUUGCGUUUGCCAACGGAGGCAGGGGCUGCGUCGGGAAGCACCUGGCACUGGCCGAGAUGAAGACGCUUCUGGCGGACAUUUACUCCCGUUACACGACGCUUCCUGAGACGUCGAUGACGGCCGAGUCGAUGGCUAUGUCGGACCAGCUCAUCUCGUCGCGGCCGCUGGGCCAGAGAUGCCUGCUGCAGUUUAUCCCUGUUGGUGAGAAACGAGAAUAG